GGAGCGUUUCUCUGCUGUUAGAGAAAUGGAAGUUUAUAUCGCUAUCGAUUUUGGCACAGCAUUUACUGGUUACUGCUUCAAGUUUUCAGAAUCACAACAGGUUCGGCAGCCUAAAUGGGGUGAAGAGUACAGUCUGUACACUCCAAAAACACCUACCUGCAUUUUGUUUGAUGAAGAUGAAAAUUUUCUAAAGUUUGGCUAUGACGCUGUCAUGACGUACACCAGGCAAACACGGAAAAAUGAAGCAAAGAAGCUUUUCCUCUUCGACAACUUCAAAAUGGAGCUUUUUGGCAAGGAAUUACACAGAGACUUUAUGAUGACUGCCAAAAAUGGGAAAGAAAUGAGAGCUAUGAAAGUGUUCUCUGAGAGCCUGAAAUUCAUGAAAGAUCACGCCCUGGAUAUGAUUGGAAAGCACACAGCUGGAGUAACGUAUUCUGCCUCCGAUGCUACAUGGGUUUUGACGGUUCCAGCCAUCUGGAGUGCAGCAGCUAAACAGUUCAUGAGAGAAGCAGCUACAGAGGCUGGUUUGGUGACAGAAUCUGAGCCUGAAAGACUGAUUGUAGCUCUGGAACCAGAAGCUGCAUCUGUAUGGUGUAAACAGCUCCCAAAGGAAGGUUUUAUGGAAGGAGAUCUUACAGAAGCAGAGAUAAUAGAACAAGUUCCAGGAACACAGUACAUGGUGGUGGACUGUGGAGGUGGAACCAUUGACAUCACGGUGCAUGAGGUGGUGGAAGGGGGUCAUCUAAAGGAGCUGCACAGGGUAUCAGGAAAUAACAUGGGUGGCCAGACAGUGGACAAGAACUUCAAAGCAUUCAUCAGAGAGAUCUUCUCUGAAAAGGUGUUUGAUGAGUUUGAGAAACAUCAUCCCAGUGAGCUUCAGCGGUUGAUGUAUGAUUUUUCCAUCUGUAAACGAUAUGAUGGAGAGGUGCUGGUGCAGUGUCCAUACAGUUUACAACAGAUAGCCAGUAAAGUAGAUGACAUAGAAGCCUACUUUAGCAGAGACAACGAUGUUGACUGGGAAAGUGGACAAAUACUGCUGUCAGGGGCAAAGCUGAAAGAUCUGCAUGAGGAUAGUGUUAGGGGCAUAGAAAGCCUGAUGAAAGAAAUAUUGAAAAAGCCCACACUGAACAUCAGAUACAUCUUCUUAGUUGGAGGCUUUGCCCUGAGUCCUUACGUGAACAGGUUUGUCAAGGAGAAGUUUGGGUCUAAGUGUCAGGUGCUCUGCCCUGUGGAUGCUCAAAUGGCCAUUGUGAACGGAGCUGUUAUGUUUGGCAUGAUGCCAAAUGUGGUGGAAUCACGGAUCAGUGUUUUCACUUAUGGGAUCGCAGUCGUGCACUUUUUUGAUAAGAUCAAACACAAGGGCAAGAGCAAAUAUGUCAGCAAGGAUGGAGUUCAUUACUGUGAUGUUUGCUUCCACUGCCUAGUGAAGAAGGAUGAGUCCAUUCCUUUUGAUGAAGCUGAACAGUACAUAUUUAAUGCACUUGAGAUAGAUCAAAGAGAACUGCCCUUCAGUUUUUACUGCACUGAGAAGGAAACUGCUGAGUUUGUAGAUGAGGAGGGAAUGAGGAAGAUUGGAUCUUUAGUAGUGUCAAUGCCAAAGAUCUCACAGGGCAGGAAUCGUUCAGUAAUCCUUGAAAUCAAGUUUGGUUUCACUGAGAUGCAGGCAACCGCCACGGAUGUUGAUUCUGGUGAGACCACUUCAGUCAAAAUGGACUUCAUGUCCAAGUAAUUAAUGUCAUCCAGAAAUGUAAAGCAUUUGUUUGCAACAUUUGGCUGAUGCUCUUAUCCAGAGCAACUUACAAUGUGAUCAUUCUACAGAGGAAGGCAAAGGUAGUGUUGGGAGUCUUUUCUAAGGACUCUAAUUUGUACAGUACAGGGUGUUUACCCAGGCAAGGAUUAAACCCCAGUCUACAGCAUAAGGUACAGUUUUAACCACUAAACUACACCAACCACCUGGUACUAAUGAUGCAAAUAAAUUUAUUUCCAGAAAUUACAUUAUGUCUGAUAUUGAGUUCAGCAAGAAUUGUGUAAAAUAUUAUUUUAUAACAGAACAAUUGAUUAUAUAUGUAUAAAAAAACCCUAAAGAUUCCUAAUUAGUUAUGAAUUUUUAAAGAAGAGUGGUUCUCUCUUCCUGCACCGGGCAUGCCCGCUGAGACUGAGAGAUUCUAACAGGACAGGUGUGAUCCGCUCUCUGGUUCCUCUUCAUAAACGGACCAAAAACGGCCGGUCCUUUCAGAAACUUACAAAAUGUCUAUAUGCAAAAUAUUUAUGUGUCUAUGUAUGUAUUUGUUGAAACUGAAAUAAAUUCAAGGAUCAAAGAGGCAAGUGAAAUAUAUUACAGAUAAUAUAUAUGAGAGAUCUUGUGU